AUGCCUUCUCUCGUCGCUCUGGCCGCGGCCAUCUCGGGCGCCAGUGCCGCUUUCCAGGGCUUCAACUACGGCUCUACCUUCACAGAUCGCUCACCCAAGGUCCAGUCGGAUUUUGAAGCCGAAUUCAAGACUGCUGCUGGCCUCGAGGGAACCAAUGGGGGCUUCACGAGUGCCCGACUGUACACCAUGAUUCAAGCUGGCAGCGACAGCGAUCCCAUCUCUGCCAUUCCCGCCGCCAUCAAGACCAAGACCAGCUUGCUGCUGGGUCUCUGGGCUUCGGCGGGCCAGGAUUCUUUCAACAAGGAGGUCGCCGCUCUCAAGAAGACGAUUGUCCAGUAUUGCGGCCAGCUCGAUGGGCUCGUCGCUGGUAUUUCUGUCGGCAGCGAAGAUUUGUACCGCAUCUCCCCCAUCGGCAUGAAGAACUCGCCCGAUCCUGGCGCCUCUCCCGACACCCUUGUCAGCUACAUCAAGCUAGUGCGCGACACCAUCAAGGGGUCUUGCUUGGAAAAAGCCCCCAUCGGCCAUGUCGAUACUUGGACCGCGUACGCCAAUGCAACCAACAAGCCCGUCAUUGACGCCAUUGACUUUGUCGGCAUGGAUGCGUACCCUUACUUUGAAAACCAAAAGCCCAACGGCCUGGAGAAUGCCGCCAAGCUCUUCCAGGCCGCCAUUGACAACACCAAGAGCGCCACCGGGGACCUUCCCAUCUUCAUUGCCGAGACUGGCUGGCCUGUGAGCGGCCCCACGGAAAAUAGCGCCGUUCCUGGUAUCGAUGCUGCCCAGACCUACUGGCGACAGGUCGGAUGCCCCAUGUUUGGAAAUGUCAAUGUCUGGUGGUACACUUUGCAGGACAGCGCCCCCACCACCCCCAGCCCUUCCUUUGGCGUCAUCGGAUCUACUCUUACCACCAAACCUCUGUAUGAUCUCUCGUGCGACGGGUACAAGAAUCAGACCUCGGCCAACCCCAGCAAGCCCGGCCAAAGCUCUGCUCCCGCUUCUACUGGCGCUCAAAUCCCCGCCACCACGGCUCCUUCCAACGCCACCCAAACCACAGCUCGCGGCGCUGCCAGCGGGUCGGUCGCUCCCACGGCCCCUAGCGGCACCACGGGUGUCGUGACCGUUCCCACCAAUGCUGCAAGCCGUCUGAACAUGAUGGCCGGUGUCGCUGCGGGCGUCGUCCUUGCCGCUGCCGCCUUGUAA